AUGCAGGCUUUGGCAACGCUGUGCGCUCUUCUCAUCGUCUCUGUGCAGGCAGACGUUGUGCAACGCUUUGAGGACGAGCCAGAAUGUGUGAAAUACUUCUAUAACGAGAAGGUGCCAGAGUGGGGGGCUUCUACACCUGGAGCCGUCCGUCUCUGUCAGCGCUUCGUCAACAGGUUCCACUUUGCCACGCUGUACGACACCAACCAUCGCAUUGCUGUCUACUCCGCCUAUCAGUUCCAGCCCAGUAAUGGAGGCGGCAGGGAGAGCAGGUGGUUCGUGGAGCCUCAGCUGGUAAGUAUGUCCUGGCAAGCAGAGAUGAAGGAUGGCUACUGGCUGGGGAAGGACCACCCUGGAGUCUAUCUCGGAGAGAAACAAGCUCUGAAUGAGGACUUUACACACUCUGGCUUCGACCGCGGUCACCUCAACCCCAACGGACACCAUGCAGUUCCUAGUCGCAACGCCACCUUCACCCUGACCAACGUGGUCCCUCAGAACCCCAAGCUGAACCAGAACUCCUGGAGGAUCCACGAGUCCGAGCUCACCGACCUUUUCCGGGCCAAGUGCUCCAAGGCCUUUGUGCUGGUCGGCGCUAUUCCCUCCGCAGACAACUGGAUCGUCAAAAACAACGUGAAACGCGUCAACAUCCCAGACUACCUGUGGAACGCCUACUGCUGCGUGGACAACAAUGGCAAGCCCAUCCACAGUGGCGCCGGCACGGCGAGGAACACCGAGGAAAACUGGGUGGAGAAGCUCUCUCUGGACAAACUGGGAGAAUUCCUGCAGCAGUUCUCCAAUCAGCCAGUAGGGGAGCUGUUUUACAACAACUGCAGACCAUGAGAGG